GGUUCGGAUCUCGGCAAAAAAGGAGGAAAAUUUAAGAGAAAAAUGUGAAAAAGAUAAUAAUAGCAUUUUUGUUGGCGUGCCCGCUGGGAACGGCUGCUGUCUGACUGUUGGUCACAGCUACCAACUAAACACCUACCGGAUAGCUGUAACAUUUCGGUUUUGACUUAGCUGCUUCGUUGUUAUUGUUGUUCUUUUGUCACCGAGCAAGGCGCACCGUAAAAGACAGACAAAAUGGCGAAAAAGGGGAAAGCUAAAAAUGGACCUGUGAAAACGGAGGCUCCUGCUGCUGAUGCACCUGUAGCAGCAGAAACAGCCCCAACUGUGGCUGUGAAACCCGCGGAGGAACCUAUUGAACUAGCUGAGAAACCAAUCGAAGAGCCCAAAAUCGUAGAAGCAACGAAAUCUAUUGAGACGAAAAAGCCUGCAUCACCCAAACAGAAACAGAAAGCUCCAACUAAACCAGAAAAAGAAGUUAAACCUAAAGAAGCGUCAGCCAAAGAACCAACCAGCCAGAUUAUCGCCCCCGUUCCGAAUGGAACAGUAGCUCCGGGAGAAUCUACGGCAGCCGAAGGAACCGCUAGCGAGGCAGAAGGUGUCCAAACAUUAAAACGGAAGCGUAACCGCCGCAACCGAAAAAAGAAAGCAACCGGAGAAGGUGCGGAAGCUGAACAACAGCAACAGCAGAGUCAACCGACACCAGACGACCAAAAACCAAAAAAAGAACACAAGAAGAAGCGCGCGAAAAGGCUGCGUGCUUUGGCCCUGGCCGAGGCAGCUGCAACCGCUCAAAUUGCCGCGGCCGAAGGUGCUAUCGCUAGCACAGCCGCCGAUGUUCAAAAGCAACCUGACAACGUAGAUCAGCUGAAAAAGAAGAUCGAGAUAGCGGAAAAAGUACUCCAACAAGUGCAGCAGCAGGCUCAUGAAGAGCAGAAGAAAGCAGAUAGCUUGAAACCGGACCAGCAGAAUAAAAACAAUAAACGUAACCGCAAAGAUUCCGAUUCGCAGAAGCUCAUACAAAAGGAGGCAGAGGUAAAGAAAAUCACAGAGGAAAAGAAAGAGAUUUUAAGUGAGGCUAAGAAGUUACAGGAGCAGAAAGCCAAAAAACAACAAGAGAUACAGAAGCUGCUUGCUGAAAAGGCUCUAAAAGAUGAAGAAGCUAAGAGGCUCAUAGAAGAAAAGAACCGCAAGGUUGCGGAGGCAGCUAAGCUUAAUGAACAGAAAGCUCGCAUCGAAGCUGUCGAACAGAAGAUUAACGAAUUGGAACAGUUGAAAAUAGAGCUCCCUGUCAAGCAGGAGCCGCAACAACAACAACAACAACAGCGAGAAAGAAAGGAAUCUGAGACGAACAAACAAAAGAAACAGCAACGAGAUAGAAAAGAUUCGGAAGCUACUAAAAAAGCUAACGAACAGCAUGCAAAAAACGAUUCAGCGAAAAAAGAAACUGAACCCAAGAAAUCGGUAGAGCAAAAAUCACCAGCUGAAAAGAAAACAAACAAAGCAACAGCUGAUAAAACCCCCACUGACAAAGUUGCUGCUGUAGAAAAGACUGUGCAAGGAAAGGCUGCCUCUGACAAAUCUGCCGCAGUAAAAGCUGCCGCUGCUGGAAAUGGUGCUUCAGAAAAAGUAACAUCACAGAAAGCAGCCCCGGAGAAAACCACCGCUGUUGAUAAAGUCGACGCUGAAAAAGCUAGUGCUGAUAAACUAGCUGCAGAACAAGCAAUCGCAGAGAAAAUUGCGGCUGAAAAAGCGGCGGCGGAAAAGGCAGCCACUGAAAAAGCAGCCGCAGAAAAGGCUGCCGCUGAAAAAGCUGCCACUGAGAAGGCGGCCGCUGCAAAGGCUGCUGCUGAAAAAGCUGCCGCUGAAAAAGCCGCUGCAGUAAAAGCUGCUGCUGAUAAAGCUGCUGCUGAAAAGGCUGCUGCUGAAAAAGCUGCUGCAGAAAAAGCCGCUGCGGAAAAAACUGCUGCAGAAAAAGCCGCUGCGGAAAAAGCCGCCAUAGAAAAGGCCGCUACAGAAAAAGCCGCUGCACAAAAGGCAGCUGCAGAAAAAGCCGCCGCUAUUAAGGCUGCUGCUGAUAAGAUCGCCAAGGCUGUCGCUGAGAAGGCCGCAGCUGAGAAGGCCGCUGCUGAGAAAGCUGCUGCUGAGAAGGCUGCUGCUGAGAAGGCUGCUGCUGAGAAGGCUGCUGCUGAGAAGGCUGCUGCUGAGAAGGCUGCUGCUGAGAAGGCUGCUGCUGAGAAGGCUGCAGCAGAGAAGGUAGCUGCUCAGAAGGCUGCCACUGAGAAGGCCGCCGCUGAGAAGGCCGCUGCUGAGAAGGCCGCUGCUGAGAAGGCUGCUGCUGAGAAGGCUGCAGCUGAGAAGGUCGCUGCUCAAAAGGCCGCUGCUGAAAAGGCUGCCGCUGAAAAGGCCGCUGCUGAGAAGGCCGCUGCUGAGAAGGCUGCUGCUGAGAAGGUCGCUGCUCAGGAGGCUGCUGCUGAAAAGGCUGCCGCUGAAAAGGUUGCCGCUGAGAAAACCGCCACUGCAAAGAUCGCUGCUGAGAAGGCCGCUGCUGAAAAGGCCGCCGCUGAAAAGGUUGCUGCUGAAAAGGCCGCUGCUGACAAGGCCGCUGCUGAGAAGGCUGCUGCUGAGAAGGUCGCUGCUCAGAAGGCUGCUGCUGAAAAGGCUGCCGCUGAAAAGGCUGCCGCUGAGAAAGACGCCACUGCAAAGAUCGCUGCUGAGAAGGCCGCUGCUGAAAAGGCCGCCGCUGAAAAGGUUGCUGCUGAAAAGGCCGCAGCUGAGAAGGCCGCUGCUGAGAAAGCCGCUGCUGAGAAGGCCGCAGCAGCAAAGGCUGCAGCCGAGAAAGCUGCUGCUGAGAAAGCUACUGCUGAGAAAGCAGCAGUAGAGAAAGCCGCUGCUGAGAAGGCUGCCAUUGAAAAGGCCGCCGCUGAGAAGGCUGCUGUUGAAAAGGCUGCCGCUGAAAAAGCUACCGUUGAAAAGGCCGCCGCUGAGAAGGCUGCCGCUGAAAAGGCCUCUGAGAAGGCCAUCACUGAAAAGGUAACUGCUGAGAAGCUCGCCACUGUUAAGGCUGCACCCGAGAAAGCAGCCACCGAUAAGACUUUAGCAGAAAAAUCUGCCGCUGAGAAGGCUAGUACAGAGAAAGCUACGAACGACAAGGCACCUGCUACCGAUAAACCAACAGCCGAAAAAGAUGCAACCGUAAAAACCGUAACCGUGAUCCCGGAGACUGCUAACGGAUGUACUGACACAAAGAAACAAGAUAACAAACAACCCGAAAAGAAACAAAUAGACAGCAAACAGAAAACAGACAGUAAAGGGAAUAAUAAAAAGAGCAAACGAACUCCAAAAAGUAGUGUUUCCGAAGAUGAAAAACUUACCGGUUCAAAAAACGUGGAAAGCAGCGAUUUUGUCUCAUCUGUUAAACCCGAACCAGUUGUAGCAAAAUCGCUAGAAACCGCCGCCAUUACUGCUGUUGCCGCUGCUUGUCCUGUCGCUGCAUCGAAGCCAGAAGAAUCCAAACCUGCAACGCCCGCAAAACCUUCUCCGAUCGAUCCGAAGAAGACAGCAUCACCUGCCAAAACUAACGGAGCGCCAACGAAAACCAAACCACACCCUGCUCCGACGAACGCUGCUAAACCACAAACACCUUCAAAGUCACCCGAAAAGACACUGCCUAAAGUAUCCACCCCGAUUCCCACCAAGAAAGCACCGUCCCCGCCUAAAACGCUCCCGUCCCGAGCCUCACCUAAGCCAGGAACUCCUCCAACAACUCCAAAACCUACUAAAAAACCUGAACUUCCCCCCAAACCUGAAUUCCUCAAGAAGAAGUCUCCUUCGGUAGAUAAGGAGAAGCUGCCAACAGCUAAAUCGUCAACUCCUCCUGCAAUACCACCGUCUCCUGCCGCAGAAGCUGCUCCACCACAGGUACCAAGUGCAACCCCAGCUCCUAGUCCUGCUCUUGAACCAUCCACCACUUCUGCUUCUGCUACUUCUGCCACCGUUCUUCCUACUCCGGAUGCUAACACUGCCGCUGCCACCCGGUUAACGGAAGAACUGAACGGAUCUGGUGCGAAAAAAGGUUCCACUAGUCCAAACAAACAAAAACCCCUCCCCAAAAAACCGGAAGUUCCCCCAAAACCCGACGUCCACAACAAAAGCGCAGUGAAGAUGAAGACCCCAAUCAAGCAACCCAAUGCCACCGGAGCGAAAUCAUCGACGUCUGAUUCUAGGUCCCCAGCCACGGAGCAAAGUAGAUCGGAAGCAUUUAAAAAAAAUAUGGAAAUUAUUUCCACCCUCGCCGAUAUCCUACUGUCCUAUCCCAAGAGAAAGAAAAAUUCCGAUCCAACAGACAAUCCUAGCCCACCAACCUCAUCCACACCAUCUAUUAAUACAGUAGACAACACAAAAACCCAACCACAACCAGAUGCAGAGAACGCGCAAGAACCAAAACCUAAGAAAUCAAAAUCGAACCUUAAUCUUGAGCGCAUUCUAUCGAUUCUGCAAAGUACACAAAAACCAUGUUCCAAUGACAGCGAUGUGAGCAGUAUCCUCGGUUCUGGUUCUCCCGGCGCAGACGCAACGCCGUCUUCAUCCUCACCAUUGCCAUCACCAUCUGCAUCCGUGCCACUUCCUGCAUUAGUGCCGAUGGCGAGCGCCGAUCCAACUUCACCCCACCAAGCCCUUCUAACCCAAGAUGCUAUCCGUAUUUUGAUGCCUACCUUGCAGGAGGUAAACGUAAAGUUCAACGUCGAAAAACAAUUGGCGGCCCUCAAUGCGACCGCAGCAGCCGCCAAACUAAUGCCGAAGACACUUCCCGCCGAUACGGAAACAACAGAAGAAGAUGAACUCGAGGAAGAGUUUGAAGAGGAGGAAGAAUCGAUUGAAUACAAAUUUGCCCCUCGGCCGGUAUUCCUCGCCACUAAUUGUCAGAUAUGCAAGAAUCCGCUUAGAAACAUAAUCCAGUGUGAAAGUUGCCGUAUGGUUUCAUACUGUACCGAAGAGCAUCGACGUUCAGAUUUUGCAACUCACAAGGAUCUGUGCGGUGUUAUCGUGGAACACGCUACGCGAAGAGGGGGACACAUCUACAACAUGGCGCACAAGUUAACAGAUGAUGAGUAUCGCAACCUUCGGGUGCAUACUUUGAACCAGUCAGAACAAAUGUUGAAACGGCCUCUUCAACCAUUUGAACGAGAAAUCCUGCUGUUCCCACGAUCAUGCUGUUCACCUAGCUGUCGCGAGUGGAGACAGGAUCUAUUGACCGAGUGCAAAGAGUGUCGUCAAAUUUCUUUCUGCGCCGAGCAUCCUGACCAUCUGUUACCAACUCACAAGAAAUGGUGCAAAUCAUUUUUCCUCUUUCAAAAGCUAAUCCUUCGGCAGAAACUGCUUGGUCGCAUCGAGCCAGUCCUACCAGUUCGAGUAGCCGGGAAAUCGUUCACCAUCCCACCAAACAUCGACGAGGUUCUUAAGAUGCUAUACAAAAAUUCAAACGCACUCCGAGACGAAUGUGUUUACGCAACGCUGACACAGAUCGCCACCGCACCGUUGACCGCCCUUCACGGAUACCUACAAACGGGCCUAAAACCAACGGAAACCUUCACCAUCCAUUUGGUCGGUGCAGAGUUGCAGUUUGAAGGUGACACCCUGGACAAGUGGGAAGCAUUCUUCCUUCACAUUGUACCGGAAAUCACCGAGCUGAGGGUGGUGUUCGUUGGCCCGGAACUGAACGUCGAAAAUCUACCCAUCGACAUUAUUAGCCGAAUUAGAAUGUGCCGAACUUGUCGCCUCAAGUGCCGAGCCGUCAAAUUUGACUUCCAGUGCCGCCGACUGUACCACGAUUACCGGCAGGACUCAUGUUACACCCAGCCGAAUCUGAUCUGCUUCUUCAACCCAGGACUUCACCGAGCGACCGGAUUCGGUUGUUUGAAUACAUGGCCCAAAACAGUGGUUGCUGCCACAAGCGCCAACUGUCCCAUUCUGGUAACAGCAUAUACGGAAUACGAAUGCCCGCUGGACCUAGCCCGAUUGCAGAAGGAAUCCAGCCGACCGCUAGAAGUGGUCCACGAACCGGCACCCAAUCCCUUCGCUUCUCAAAGACCAGACCGAAAUUUCAUAUCAGCAGAGAUCGCUCCGUUGAUUUUCAAAAACUACUACUACUUCAUCGUGAAAUAGACCGGCCACCUGCCCGUGGUGUCUACUGCGCUUGAUGAGCUUCUAUAAGUGUACUCUUUGUUCAAAUAAAACAAUUUAAAAAUAAAAUAAAUUAUUCAUCUUUUUGUACAUAUUCAUAAGGAUGUGCCGAAGUUGUCGCCUCAAGUGUCGCGUGGUAAAGUUCGACUUCCAGUGCAGAAGAUUCUACCACGAAUACCAGCAGGAUCGCAACUGCUAUACCAAACCGGAUCUAAUCUGUUUCUUCAAUCCCAUCCUGCA